UCCAACCAAAAUCCCUCUACCCCUGCAAUAGCAGCAAAAGCCACAGAAGCAACAGCCGUAGAUAAGUGUUUUUGAUGAAUUGCAAGAUGGAGAGGGUUUGCAGUGCCCCCAGCCCUGCUGAUACCAAAUGCCUUUAAGAUACAGCCUUUCCCAUCCUAAUCUACAAAGGAAACAGGAAAAAGGAACUUAAAACUCCCUGUGCUCAGAGACAGAAAUGAGACUGUUACAGCCCGCUUCUGUACUGUUCCUUCUUGCCUCUGACUUGUAAACAAGACCUGGUAGAACAUGAGAAUGGAAAGUCACAAACCUCUGGGUGUUUGAAAGGAUCCUGGGGACCUCAUGCACAUCUGCGGACACUGGAUGGAGAGAUCUGGGGAAGCAUGGACUUUUUAGCCGGCUUAGUCCUCUAUGGAAUCAGCUUGCUCCUUUCUGGAACAGUGGAUGGUGCCAUGGACCUGAUCUUGAUCAAUUCCCUACCUCUUGUGUCUGACGCUGAAACGUCGCUCACCUGCAUUGCCUCUGGGUGGCGCCCCCAUGAGCCUCUCACCAUAGGCAGAGACUUUGAAGCCCUAAUGAACCAGCACCAAGAUCCACUGGAAGUUACUCAAGAUGUGACCAGAGAGUGGGCUAAAACAGUUGUUUGGAAGAGAGAAAAGGCUAGUAAAAUCAACGGUGCUUACUUCUGUGAAGGGCGAGUUCGAGGAGAGGCGAUCAAGAUACGCACCAUGAAGAUGCGCCAACAAGCUUCCUUCCUGCCAGCUACUUUAACGAUGACUGUGGACAGGGGAGAUAAUGUGAACAUAUCUUUCAAAAAGGUGUUGAUAAAAGAAGAAGAUGCGGUGAUUUACAAAAAUGGUUCCUUCAUCCACUCAGUGCCCAGGCACGAAGUACCUGAUAUUUUAGAAGUGCACCUGCCUCAUGCUCAGCCUCAGGACGCCGGAGUGUACUCGGCCAGGUACAUAGGAGGAAACCUCUUCACCUCAGCCUUCACCAGGCUGAUAGUCCGGAGGUGCGAGGCUCAGAAGUGGGGGCCGGAGUGUAACCGUGUCUGCACUGCGUGUGCGAACAGCGGCGUCUGCCACGAGGACACUGGAGAAUGCAUUUGCCCUCCUGGGUUCAUGGGGAGAACCUGUGAGAAAGCUUGCGAACUGCACACAUUUGGCAGAACUUGUAAGGAAAGGUGUAGUGGACCAGAGGGAUGCAAGUCCUACGUGUUCUGUCUCCCAGACCCCUACGGGUGUUCCUGCGCCACAGGCUGGAGGAGUCUGCAGUGCAACGAAGCAUGCCAGCCUGGGUAUUACGGGCCAGACUGUAAGCUCAAGUGCAGGUGCACCAAUGGGGAGAUCUGCGACCGGUUCCAAGGAUGCCUCUGCUCUCCAGAACGCCAAGGGCUCCAGUGUGAGAGAGAAGGCAGGCCAAGGAUGACCCCAAAGAUAGAGGAUUUGCCAGAUAACAUAGAAGUAAACAGUGGUAAAUUUAACCCCAUCUGCAAAGCAUCUGGCUGGCCACUACCUGCUAAUGAAGAAAUGACGCUGGUGAAGCCAGAUGGGACAGUGCUCCAUCCAAAAGACUUUAACCAUACGGGUCAUCUGUCAGUGGCCACCUUCACCAUCCACCGGAUCCAGCCCCCUGACUCAGGAGUCUGGGUCUGCAGUGUGAACACCGUGGCGGGGAUGGUGGAAAAGCCUUUCAACAUUUCUGUUAAAGUUCUUCCAAAGCCCCAGAGUGCUCCAAAUGUGAUUAACACCGGACAUAACUUUGCUGUCAUCAACAUCAGCUCUGAGCCGUACUUUGGGGAUGGACCAAUCAAAUCCAAGAAGCUUCUCUACAAACCUGUCAAUCAUUAUGAGGCAUGGCGGCACAUCCAAGUGACAAAUGAGAUUGUGACCCUCAACUAUCUGGAACCUCGGACAGAAUACGAGCUCUGCGUGCAGCUGAUCCGGAGAGGAGAGGGCGGGGAGGGGCAUCCCGGCCCCGUGAGGCGCUUCACCACGGCUUCCAUCGGUCUCCCUCCUCCAAAAGGUCUCAUUCUCCUACCAAAAAGUCAGACCACUCUAAAUUUGACCUGGCAACCAAUAUUUCCAAGCUCAGAAGAUGAAUUUUAUGUUGAAAUUGAGAGGAGGUCUGUGCACAUGAAUAGUGAUCAGCAGAAUAUUAAAGUGCCAGGCAAUUCGACAUCAGUGCUGCUUAACAAUUUACAGCCCAGGGAGAAGUACAUAGUUCGAGCCAGAGUCAAUACCAAGGCCCAGGGGGAAUGGAGUGAAGACGUCACCGCUUGGACUCUUAGCAACAUUCCCCCUCCUCAACCUGGAAACAUCAAGAUUUUCAACAUAACAGACUCUUCAGCUGUGAUUUCUUGGACAGUCAUGGAUGGUUAUUCUAUUUCUUCUAUUAUCAUCCGUUACAAGGUUCAGGGCAAGAACGAAGACCAGCACAUUGAUGUGAAGAUCAAGAAUGUCACUAUCACCCGGUAUCAGCUCAAGGGCCUAGAGCCCCAAACAUCUUACCAGGUGGACAUUUUUGCAGAGAACAAUAUAGGGUCAAGCACCCCAAGCUUUUCUCAUGAACUGACGACUCUCUCCAAAUCUCAAGGGCCGGCAGAGCUCGGAGGCGGGAAGAUGCUGCUGAUAGCCAUCCUUGGCUCGGCGGGAAUGACCUGCCUGACGGUGCUGUUGGCCUUUCUGAUCAUGCUGCAGCUGAAGAGGGCAAACGUCCAAAGGAGGAUGGCCCAGGCCUUCCAAAACGUGAGGGAAGAGCCAGCUGUGCAGUUCAACUCAGGAACUCUGGCCCUGAACAGGAAGGCCAAGAACAACCCAGAUCCUACCAUUUAUCCAGUGCUGGAGUGGAAUGACAUCAAAUUUCAAGAUGUGAUUGGGGAGGGUAAUUUUGGCCAGGUUCUCAAGGCGCGUAUCAAGAAGGACGGGCUACGGAUGGAUGCUGCCAUCAAAAGGAUGAAAGAAUAUGCCUCCAAAGACGACCACAGGGACUUCGCAGGAGAACUGGAGGUUCUCUGUAAACUUGGACAUCACCCCAACAUCAUCAAUCUGCUGGGAGCAUGCGAACAUCGUGGCUACCUGUACCUGGCCAUCGAGUAUGCCCCCCACGGCAACCUCCUGGACUUCCUGCGCAAGAGCCGAGUGCUGGAGACCGACCCGGCCUUCGCCAUCGCCAACAGCACGGCGUCCACGCUGUCCUCCCAGCAGCUGCUCCACUUCGCGGCCGAUGUGGCCCGGGGCAUGGACUACUUGAGCCAGAAACAGUUUAUCCACAGGGAUCUGGCUGCCAGGAACAUUUUAGUUGGUGAAAACUAUGUAGCCAAAAUAGCAGAUUUUGGAUUGUCCCGAGGUCAAGAAGUUUAUGUGAAAAAGACAAUGGGACGGCUCCCGGUGCGCUGGAUGGCGAUCGAGUCCCUCAAUUACAGUGUCUACACCACCAACAGUGACGUAUGGUCCUACGGAGUGUUACUGUGGGAGAUUGUCAGCUUAGGUGGGACCCCCUACUGCGGGAUGACGUGUGCGGAACUCUACGAGAAGCUGCCGCAGGGCUACAGGCUGGAGAAGCCACUGAACUGUGACGACGAAGUGUAUGAUCUAAUGAGACAGUGCUGGAGGGAGAAGCCCUACGAGAGGCCCUCCUUCGCCCAGAUCCUGGUGUCCUUGAACAGGAUGUUAGAAGAGCGAAAGACCUACGUGAACACCACGCUUUACGAGAAGUUUGCCUAUGCUGGGAUCGACUGCUCUGCGGAAGAGGCGGCCUAG